UUCGGAGCUCUAGAUGUGACUCCCAGAAUGGCGGCUUACCUUCGUAGCUGGCUUACGCCCCAGCCAGCUCCUGCUCUUUCAUCCUUACCCACCCCAGAGAUUCGCACAGUUUUUGCUCCGCUUUCUGAUGACGACGACGAUGACGGCGAUGUCACUGAGACCGAGAGAGAUCUAGAUGUCCCGCCAGCGUUUCCUAGCCUAGAUAGUGCCCAAAGAGCCCAUACGUCUAUCAUCCCGAAAAUCCUUUCUGAUACUGCGCUAAUGCCGCCACCGCCUCUACCUCAGCUAGCUGUCCGGACCCCUGGCGUUGCGAGAGCGUCUAGCUCCCUUGCUGUUCCUCCUACUACGACCAAGCCGCCUGUGCAAUCGUCCAUGAAGAGAGAAAAAGUGGCUUUAGCUCCUGGACAUAGUCCACUUGAUUGGGCGAAGCUCAAGUCUUCCGGCCAGGACCUAAGAGGCGUAGAUACUCUUUUGCGAAUACCGCCAUCUGUAUUGAAACAACACAACACUCGAGAUGAUGCUUGGUCUGUGUUUAAUGGAAAGGUGUACAAUAUCACGCCGUAUCUUGCGUUUCACCCGGGAGGGGAGAAAGAACUUAUGCGUGUUGCUGGACGAGAUGGAACAAAGCUUUUCGGGCUAACUCAUGCAUGGGUCAACGUAGACUUCAUGCUCGACGCGUGUAUGAUUGGUUUCCUCAUCCCCGAGCCUACCUCCUAAAGGCAGUGUUCUGUUGCUGCACGCCUGUCUAAUCACAACGAUAUUUUCUACUCUUUAGAUCUACCAGAAUAGAGAUUCAACUAUAGCUACAGACUACAACUAGGUACUCUGAUAUACACGUAAUAAAGCAAAAUCAACAGCAAUAAUAAUAAAUAAUGCGACACGAACAAUGGGUAAGUCAUGGCGUCCGAAAUUGCAAAAUCUCAUCCAGUACUGUCAAGUCAAGCGUAGGAAUAUCUCGUUGAGAGGCAAGAAGGAAGAAGGACUUUUGCAU